AUGAAUAGCGUUAGGGCCAAUUCUUCGUCUAAGUCUAUUAAAAGAGAGGAAGAACAACCUUCGAAUUGGACAAGUGGUAAUUCAAAAAUUGAUAAAAUAAUUCGAAAAUCUCAGGAAAGUGGAAGGAAUGUAAAUAAUAGUCUUGAGUGGAUACCAUUUAAGCAAUUUUACGAUAUAAGGGAG